UCACUCUAUAAAUUCAAUCUCGUGUAUACUUUUUUCCUUCACCCCCACAUCAUAAUUAAGAUGAACAGCGUGCUUGCUUGUUUCAACUGGAGAACUAUAGUAACCCCGGAAUAUGGGGAUGAAGAAGAAAAAGAAGUAGUAGAACCACUGAAAGCGGUAUAUAGAGAUGAGUUAACGAUAAAGAAAGCUCCUCCAGUGCCAUGCAAGGCUCCCAAGAAAAGUGUUCGCUUUGCAGACGAAGAAGAAGGAGAAGGAGAAGGGAUAAGAGUGAAGGUAAAGAUGACAAAGGAAGAAGCCAAUCGAUUGUUAUCAAAGUGCAAAGAAGGAGGCCUUCUUGAUUUCAAAGACGUUGCUCGUGAGCUUGUGAAUAUCCCUAUACACCGAGUUACUGUUCUCUCCAUUCCUCAACAACAAUAAUCUUCAAGAUAAAUCACCAUAUAUGUAUAUAUAGCACCAGAUUAGAUAGUAGUUAUGCUAGUGACAUAUAUAGAUAGCAAACGUAUGUUUUUGCAUCAUUAUUGUGAUGCGUACUCAAUCGUUCCAAUACUGUAAUGCUGAUAAACAUGUUUUUCUUAGCUGAACAUGUGUUUGAGCUAGCUU